AUGGAAGCCGGCUUUAAUACCACUGUCCUCCGUAAUACGACAUCAUCUGCCCACGCUCAACAGACAUAUCGCGGUUGGACGCCUAUACUGAUUAUACAACUGCUGCUGGCCUGCGCUUCCGUGGUACUCAAUUUAGCGAUGCUGAUCGUGCAGUUCCUACCCCAGACGCAAGUGACAGCCUUUACCAUAUAUUUAGUCGCCAUCGCCAUUGGUCACAUCGUGGUACAACUUGUCACCAAACCGUUUAGUUUAAUCAACUACGUCACCGGGAGAGUUCCCGGUGGUCAAUCACUGUGCGCUUUCUACGUCUAUUUCCAGUUCGUCUUCAGUAUGAUUCCGGUACUGCUACACGUCUUGAUCGCCAUCAACCGUCUGUGGGCCGUCACGUAUCCGGUGUCGUACAAUCAGCGACAUAAUAAAAAGACGGCCAGUCUGUUAUGCUUGGGCGUUGUGGCCUACGUCCAUGUGGUGCCGCUGGCCGUCUUCAUGCUGGAAUUUUUCUACUUUGGCCCAACCGAUAAGUUUACCAGCUGCCAACCGGGGGCGGGCGGUAUAAUCGAAUGGCGACGCGCUGAUUUUGUUCUGCAUCGGGUAAUUCCGCUAGCACUGGUCAUCGGCGUCUAUAUCUACGUGAUGGCGAAACGCUGGACAAAACGACGAAUUGGUGGACAAAUCGAAGGCAACCGGUCAACGGAUCACAAUUCUUCCAACAAGCCGGUUGCCGGUGGACAUCCAGCGUCAACGGAGCUGCAGAGUUCAGUGGUUCGACGACGCAAAGUGAAACCAUAUAUAGUGUUAACGGUGACCUCGAUUAGCGUGCUGAUGUGCUGGGUGCCGUCAGAUGUGUACUGGGCGCUGGUGUACCUCUACAUGACCCCGCCCACCUGGGUGCAUACUGUAACAUCGACCAUGUAUUCCGUUCAAACGGUAUUCGACCCUUUAAUGUGGCUGUUCAGCAUGCGAUAA